AUGGCGGACCAGACUACAGAGUGGGGGCCUGGGAAAACACCGCAGGGCAGAGCUCGUCUCCCCUCGAGCAGACCACGCGAAAAGCCGCAGCUGUCAUGCAACUUAUGCGGCGAUGCGGCGCACCAGCCUCGUGUAACCACACAGGAUCGCAUCCGCCACCUCGAGAGUCUUGUUUUCGAUCUGAUGCAGCAGUCGUCAGUCAGCCAGGGCCAGCACGGAGGAGGAACGCCUUGCUCCCCCGUAGGAAGUACCCGUUCCGCCGUGGACGCGGCUGUCGCUGCUACACCCGCUGAUGAUUACGGGAGCAUGCAGUCACGAGGGGCGAAUUACGUGGGGAGUUCGCACUGGGCUGCUGUUCUCGACGGGAUUGCCGAGCUCAAAGACCAUUUCGAUAGUGAGGAGGAGGCGGCGCAUCCUGACGUACAAGGUGUCGAGUCGCCUGCCGCGGAGAUUACUGGCCCCCAGCUGUUCUACGGCUGCCCCAAGCCCGCUAGCAAGGACGAAAUACUGGCGUCCAUCUUAACCCUAAGCCGCCCGGUAGUAGACCGAUUGGUCUCACGCUAUUUUAACUCGUUCGAGAUGUCGCCCGCCGUACUCCACAGCGUGGAAUUUCUCAAGGAGUACGAAGACUUCUGGGACGACCCAGCUGCAGUGCCGCCUCUCUGGUUGGGCCUUUUGUUCACAAUCAUGUGCUUGGCAACCCAAUUCGAAAAGUUCCGCCUGGACCCUGGCGUGCAGUCCCCCGCGGCUCUGUCCAUGGAGAGAGAUCUCCAGAAGAUGGCGGAUACAUAUAGGCUACGGAUUGGCCAGUGCCUCGUUCUUGGCGACUACACCAAAGGCGGACCAUACGUGCUGGAGACGCUUAUGCUUUACAUGGCCGCUGAGGUGUUUUCAAGCACAGAUGCGAGGAUCGACAUAUGGAUCCUAAUGGGGAACACGGUUCAGAUUGCCUUACAUAUGGGCUAUCAUCGAGAUCCGAAGCAUUUCAAGGGCAUGUCAUUCUUUGCCACGGAAAUGCGGAGAAGGGUCUGGGCGACUCUGGUCGAGAUGGAUCUUGGCCUUUCUGCUCAGAUGGGGCUACCAAGAAUGAUCAAGCAGUGGCAAACUGAUACACGGGAGCCGUCAAAUCUUCAAGAUAAUGACUUUGACAAGACAACCAUUGAAAUGCCCCCGUCGAGGCCAGACACAGAAUUAACCCCCAUUCUCUACCGUCUUGUCAAAGCAAGAUUGACGACAACGGUCGGAUAUAUCUGGGACUUUGCGGCUGAUGUCCGACCGUACACAUACACUGAGGUAGAGAGAAUGGAUAGCAAACUAGAUGAGGCACGCAAGUCGAUCCCAGACUGUCUCAAGUGGCAUUCCUUCGCCCGCUGCAUCACAGACUCUCCGCAGAACAUCAUGCAAAAGGUUGUUCUGGAAACCUUGUUCUACCGCGCAAAGAUCGUUCUCCACCGAAAGUUCAUGUUUGGUCCGCCAGCAAACUCUGCUGACUCCAAACGUAUCGUCUUGGAGUCAGCACUCAAGCUUCUAGACUACCAGCACAUGCUGCAAGAAGAAACACAACCUUUUUGUCAGCUUUACCAAGAAAGAUGGAGAGUUUCUUCAUUAGUUAACCACGAUUUUCUCCUCGCUACAUCCGUGUUACUGUUUUAUCUGCAGAGCACGAAACGCGAGGGCAUGCAGGCUACUGAGUCAGCGGCGAUGGAUGAAACCAUCCUGGUGUCCCUCAGAAGAUCUUACGACAUCUGGUUACAGUCAAGCAAUUCAUCCAAAGAAGCGAGGAAAGUUGUGAAAGCAUUGGCUGUAGUCCUCCAAGUCAAUAAUACCUCAGAUGCAGAUUCAGGGUUCGACUCGAGCAUCUCGUUCGGCGUUCCUUCGGGAUAUGCCUCUUCCAGCAUCAACGAUUAUCAACCAGGCAAGUCAUUCACCAAAAACGUAGUGUUCGUGCUGACAUGUGGGGCAAUAGAGAUUCCAUCAGGUCUCGGCUCACAGUUCCCAAUGCUUCAUGGCACGAUGAUGCCGAAUUGGGCCACGUUUGCGGAUGAUUUACUGGCUGCGCCGAUUGCUACCCCGAGUAAUCAGUGGCAAGCAAUGGAUGACGGUGGAUGCAAUGGGGUCUCUGACAUGGCCGUGGAACUUGCAAUGACAUGCAUUGGGGGUACGAAUACACGUCGUGUGGCCAGGGACGUCACCGAUCGCGACUCACUCCACGCAUGUGUCGACACCGUCAAGAAGACCCUCCCUCCUAUCGCAGGCGUCGUCAACGGCGCCAUGGUGCUUCGAGACGCGCUCUUCGAUAAGAUGUCCUACGAAGACUUCAUGAAAGUUCUUAAACCCAAGGUCCUAGGCUCUCAGCUCCUCGACGAGAUGUUCUACGACACACCCCUCGACUUCUUCAUCUUCUUCUCCUCCACCACUGCCGUUAUGGGCAACAGCGGUCAGAGUAAUUACAUCGCUGGCAACAUGUUCAUGAACGCCCUAGCAGCACAGCGCAAGAAGCGCGGUGUAGCCGCUUCUUCCAUUGACAUCAGCUCCAUCAUCGGUCUAGGCUACGUGGAGAGAGCUGAGGAUCUGAGUGAGGAUACUUUUAUCAAGAUGGGCUACAGACCCAUGUCGGAACAGGAUCUGCAGAAGCUGUUUGCCGAGGCUAUUGUUCUUGGAAGACCUGAGUGCGAUGAGGUUUGUGAGCUCGUGACGGGUGUCACACCUAUCUAUGAGGAUGCCCAGGCUGGUGAUCAGUACUUGAAGGACGUCAAGUUUGGACAUUUCCUUAUGGAGCAUUUGGAUACGCAGGCUUAUGCUGGAAAGACAUCUACUGUGCCUGUGAGGGUACAGUUGUCUGAUGUCAAGACCAGAGCUGACGCCGUGGCUAUCAUCAAAGAUUCUUUCAUUGUUCGGCUGCGACGUGUGUUGGCUGUUGGGCCAGAUGAGAUCAUCAACGAAAAGGUCACCCUUGUCGAACAAGGUGUUGACUCUUUGAUGGCCGUCGAAAUCCGCUCUUGGUUCAUCAAAGAACUUGACGUCGACAUUCCCGUUCUCAAGAUCCUCGGCGGAAUGUCCGUUCCCGACCUCAUCGAAGAAUCCCUAAAUCUCAUCUCCGACUCCAUCCUCGACGUAUCAUCCCUCGAAGCAGGCAGCGCCCCAGCCACUCAACCCCCCAAGCCCACCCUCCAAACAGCCCGCGUCACACCACCUGAGAGCUCUCACAGCACAAGUGACAAUAGCAGGCAGCAGACUGGCUCAGACUCCUCCCGCUCACCAAUCGACACGCCCCUCACAUCGAUGGAGGGCCAAGAACGUACUAAAGCGGAAGACAGUACGGACAACUCCACUCCCUUAAAGACCUUUCCUAACGAGCUGUCCAGCAUCAUGUCCUACGGUCAAGCAGGCUUCUGGUUUCUAAACGAUUACCUCGUCGACAAGAGGGCGUUCAACAUGGCUGUCAUGUUGAAGCUCACGGGCCAGAUCCGCGUGCAGGCUCUAGAGAAGGCUGUGAACCUCAUUGCGGAACGGCAUGAGAUUUUGAGGACGAGGUUCUUUUGGGGUAAUGAUGGUGAUGAGAGGACGCCUUUGCAGGGUAUCAACCCGGCGGAUCUGAAUUUGGUCACGAAGAGGGUGGUUGAUGAGGGAGAAGCAGAGAUGGAGUUGAAGAAGCUUCAUGAUGAGGAGUGGGAUUUGAGUGGUGGUGAAGGAGUCAAGAUCACUUUACUGUCGUUAUCCGAUAAUGUUCAUUUUCUUUUGUUGGGUAUGCAUCACAUUUACAUCGACGGAUACAGCUUCAGUGUCUUCUUUAAGGACCUUGAAGUUGCUUACACAAAACACGCGCUCCCUCCUCUUCCAGUUGAGUCACAGUAUCGAUCGUUUGCACUUCAGCAACGACAGAUGUAUGCGAACGGCGAUCUCACCAAAUCCAUCGAGUACUAUCGACGAAGUUUUCCCAAAGAGUUUACGCCUAUUCAGCUUUUCCCUUUCGCUCUCACGCCUGCGAGGAAGUUCGCCAACGACUAUUCUCAACAUGAGGUCAAGAUGAGUAUUGAUACAGAACUGGCUACCAAGGUUCGACAACUCGCCCGCGUCAAUCGCUCAACUUCAUUUCAUGUCUACCUCGCGGCCUUGGAGCUUCUUCUCUUCACCCUCCUCCCCAACGCAGAGGAAGUCUUCAUCGGUAUCGCCGACGCCAACCGCGGUGAUAAGAAGUUCAUGGGCAGUCUCGGCUUCUUCCUAAACCUCCUCCCUCUGCGCUUCCGCCGUAAGAGGCGCGGUACUCAACUCAGCUCCAUCAUCCAGACUGCCCGUGACACAGCAUACGGAGCACUCCAGCACUCCCAGCUGCCCUUUGACGUUCUUCUUCGGGAACUUAACGUUCCAAGAUCUGACAAGUACACGCCUAUCUUCCAGGUCUUGAUGGACUAUAGACAGGUUGUACAGGAACGGUCGUCGUGGGGAGGCUGCAAGCUUCAUGGAGAGAAGUGGCAUAAUGCUGGGACGGGGUAUGACAUUGCUUUGGAGGUUAACGAGAAUAUCACGACUGAUACUCUUUUGGGGCUGAGACUUCAGGAGCAGCUUUACUCGGAAGAGCACACUGCGCUUCUACUUCGCUCGUACUUGAGUGUGUUGGAGUACAUGGUCCAAGGGACUAACAAGGCUGCUGAUGCUACGCCGGCGUGGUCGAAGGAUGAUAUCCAGGUCGCUUUAGAGGCCGGAAAGGCACCCGAAUUCCUACCAAAGUGGCAGCCAACCAUCAGUCAUCACAUUGACCAGAUCAUCCAAACCAACACUACCAAAGUCGCUCUCAAGGACGGUAAUGGUGCCGUACUCACGUAUGAGCAAAUGGGCAAGCGGAUCAACUCCAUCGCCCAAGCACUCAUCGACGCUGGAACUACUCAAGGCACAGUAGUCGGAGUCUUCCAAGAACCCUCCUCCGACUGGAUCUGCUCCCUUCUCGCCAUCUUCAAAGCUGGAGCAGUCUACGUUCCUCUCGAUCUACGCAACUCCAUUCCUCGCUUGACUAGGAUCGUCAAAGCGUCUCGACCAUCGCUCAUCAUCACGGAUCAUACGACUGAUGACAAGGUUGAGCUCAUUGGUGCCAAAUUCAUCACCCAGCUUCGAUUAUCCAAGGUUGUGGAUCAGGAGUUCAGAGAGCCGAACCGUGCAAAAUCUGGAUCCCUCGCUGUCAUUCUCUUCACUAGCGGUUCUACAGGUGAACCCAAGGGUCUCAUGAUGACACAUAACAAUCUUCUCUCAUACGCCGAAGUCUCAAGCAAGACUUUCUCCAAGUCCGUUGAAAGUCUUGUGGUCCUGCAGCAGAGUCCCUUCAGCUUUGACUUUUCACUUGAUCAGACCGUGGCUGCGUUGGCGAACGGUGGAUGUCUUUGCAUCGUACCAGCAAGCAAGAGAGGCGAUCCUGAUGAGAUCAGCAAGAUCAUGGUCAAAGAGAGUGUUACUUACACUACUGCUACACCUUCUGAGUAUGAUCUGUGGUUGCGAUACAGUAUUAGCACUCUGCGGCAAUGCACUUCGUGGAAGUAUGCUUUUUCUGGCGGCGAAGCGAUGAGCCACAAACUUGCCCGCGAGUUUGGAGCGUUGAGCCUGAAGAACCUUCACGUCUUCAAUGGCUAUGGUCCCUCUGAGACAACAAUCCUCUCUCAUCGCAUCGAUCUCAAGUACACGGGCCCUGAUCUUCCAGACCCCCUUCCAGCAGGUUACCCCAUGCCUGGCUUCUCCGUAUGCGUCGUCGAUGAGAAGAUGCGCCCUGUUCCUCUCGGCGUGCAGGGUGAGAUUAUCCUCGGUGGCCCAUGCAUCGUCUCUGGCUAUCUCAACAUGCCUGACUCCACCAAAGACAACUUCUUGCCGGAUACCUUCUUCGGAACUAGUGGAAAGGUUUACCGCAGUGGAGAUCGUGGUCGUUUAUGCCAAGAUGGUUUGCUGUUCUGUGAUGGUCGUCUCGAGGGCAGCAACAUGAUCAAGCUUCGAGGGUUCCGAGUCGAGUUAGAUGAAGUUGAAAAGACUAUCAUCAGUCACUCGGCUGGCGCACUCUCUCACGCAGUAGUUACGCUGCGAGGUACUGAGGAGGGUCGCUACCUCGCAGCCCAUGUCGUUUUUGCUCCCGAGUUCGCAGAGAACAAUCAAGAAGGCAUCAUGAAAGCUCUCCGUCAAACCCUUCCUCUCCCUCCCUACAUGCGCCCUUCCGUCUUCCAGAUCCUUUCCGACAUCCCACGAACCGCUCAUCUCAAGAUCGACAGAAAGGCCAUUCAAGAAAUGCCCGUCCAGAUUUCUGCCUCGCACGACUCCGGAACUCUGACUGUUGCGGAAAAGGCACUCAGUGAGCUUUGGCGUCGAGUCUUGCCUCUCGAUCCUGGGUCUCUUACCCCAGAGUCUGACUUCUUCCUCAUCGGAGGUAAUUCUAUUCUGCUCGUGAAGCUACAGGCGUUGCUGAGACAGACUUUCAAGACAGCACCGAAACUAGUUGCGCUUAUGGGCGCUAGUACUCUUGGUGCAAUGGCUGUUGUUCUUGAGAGCUGUGGAUCUGUCGGUGCGAUUGAUUGGGACCGAGAGACCGCGCUUCCAGAUGAUCUUCAGGGUACUAGGAUGCUGCACCCUGUGAACAAGAUUACCGACAUCACCGUCCUCCUUACUGGUUCCGCGGGUUACCUCGGUCGUCAUCUCGUACCAGCCCUCGUCGAAGAUCCUCGAGUUACACAAGUCCAUUGCCUGGUACGCUCAGUGGACAACGAAAAGCUGAGUACCAUUUCAAGCAGUAAAGUCAGAGUUAUCGGAAGCGACCUUUCGAAGCCCAACCUUGGUCUUUCCGACUCAGCUUACUCUCGUCUUGCUGAGGAAACCGAUGUGAUUAUUCACUCUGCAGCUAAUCGGUCUUUCUGGGACAGAUACGAAGUUCUCAGGGCGGAUAACGUGGACUCGGUGAAAGAGUUGGUCAGAUUCGCCGCUUCUUCUGGCCGCUCGAUCCCAUUGCACUUCUUGUCAUCUGGAGCCGUGAAGAUGUAUGAAGGAGACGGUCUGACACCACCGACUGAUGGUAGCGAUGGUUACGUGGCUACAAAAUGGGCUUCAGAGGUAUUCCUUCGAAACGCUGCUGGUUCAUUCGACCUUCCCGUCUACGCACACCGUCCAACCGUGAGUAGUACGGCGCAACCCAAAGAAGGCCAAGCCUCGAUCGUCAACCAACUCUUCAGCAUCGUCAAGUCCCUUGGCGUCCGACCAUCUUUUGAGGGAGUCACCGGCUCGGUAGAUGUACUUUCAACCGGUGUCAUUGUCAAGGCUAUCCAGGACUCUGUCUUGAGCUCGACUGCUGGAGGAGAAGGAUAUAACAUUGUUCAACAUGAAGCACAUCAACGCGCUGUCGUGGAGGAUUUCGCAGCUGCCGUGCGCGCUGACGAUAGUUUAAACAGUCUUCCUACCAUUUCUAUCUUAGAUUGGUUUGGCAAGGCGAAGAAGGCUGGUUUCUCUUAUUUCCUUGCGUCUCAGAAUUUGGUCAUGGGUUCGGGUGAGGGUCACUUGGUUUCAAGGCGUUGA